UAGGCCCAAAGCAACUUGAAAGCCGAUAAAACCCUUGGCAGUCUAGGGUUAGGGUUAGAAGAUUCUCCAUCUGCGCCUUGCUCUUCUGUGCGCUCUCUCCCUCUCUCUAGGUUGCCUUCCAUCCUCCGCCGCUGUACUCUCUCUCUCGCCGAUGGCUCCGAAGAAGGACAAGGCUCCUCCUCCAUCUUCCAAGCCCGCUAAGUCCGGUGGCGGCAAACAAAAGAAGAAGAAGUGGAGCAAGGGAAAGCAAAAGGAGAAGGUGAACAACAUGGUGUUGUUUGACAAGGCCACAUAUGACAAGCUUCUCUCUGAAGCUCCCAAGUACAAGCUCAUCACUCCUUCCAUCCUCUCCGAUCGUUUGAGGGUUAAUGGAUCACUUGCAAGGAAGGCUAUAAGAGAGCUGAUGGCUAGAGGCCUGAUCAGGAUGGUAUCUGCCCAUGCAAGCCAGCAGAUUUAUACUAGAGCAACUAACACCUAGGUUUCUCAAUAUUUUGCUUAUUAAACUUUAUGUAGUAUGACUAUUUCAUUUAUGUUUUUAUUUUGUUGUUAUCAUGCUGGAUUGGUUAGCCUUGCAUCUGAGUUGGAAGCAUUAUGUUUUUGGGAUUUAUGAAACCUUUUUGAGAAUGUUAUGUUCAAUUUGCUUGAACCAA